CAGUAUAACAACACAGACGACAGCACAAGACCUGUUUGAUUUGGAAAGAACCCUUUGGAGCUGAUUUAGUUUAGUUUUAGUGUAAAUGUAAUAAUCUAUUUAAUCCUGUGAAGCUUUUUCCAGCAUCACUCGUGUGUUUUAACUUCAUAGUUAAAAUGUAUGAAACAUUUCAGGAGACUCAAAGCAGUGUGGUUGGAUAAUAUUGAUUAAAUUAGUGGAUUUCUUUUAUUACACUACUUUACUUGGCAUCAGGUGGAAAUGUUGGCAUACUGAAGUCUUUCUGAUUUAGUCUGCGUCCUCUUUUCUUAUCACACUUUUGUGUCGAUCACAAAGUUGGACAGUAAACACCUGGACUGUGCAACGUGAAUGCUGAGAAGAUGUCUGUUCUCGAGGCUUUCAAACUGUCUAAAGAUCAUGUUUGUCUCACAGGAGGGUCUCGUGCCGUUUGCCCAACGCAGCCGAUCAAGGUGGUUGAAGGUGAGAAUGUUGCUCUUCACUGUGGUCUGGAUCACCUGGUCGACUUGUCUCGUUACACGGUGGAUUGGAGGAGAGUUGACAACCAGCAGGUCGUCUACGUCUAUCGACAUGGACGGGACGACCUUGAUCCAGUGGUGGAUAAAUACAGAGGCAGGACCACCAUCAAUCAUGAAGAUCUGAGCAGAGGAAACAUGACCCUCAAGAUCUCCUCAGCCAACCUGUCAGACAGCGGAUCAUACAAAUGCUUUGUCCCAAAACUGAAGGUCUGGUGUGAGGUCCAGCUCAUCGUUGAAGAAAAAGGGACAAAGACAGAUGUUUCCAGCACAACUGGACCUGCACUUGAAGAACCAGAGACAGACGAUGAUGCAUCCAAAGACCAACAGAAACAGACAAAGACAGAUGAUUCCAGCACAACUGGACCUGCAGAUCAUGGUGCUGUGAAGAGGACGGCUGUCCUUCCCGUUGUCUUUGGUGUCUUUGGUGUUGCUGUUCUUUGUAUCCUGUGGAAAUCUAAAGUGUUCAAGAUUUGUAAGAAGACGUUCAGAGGAAAGAAGAAGAAGAUGUCGACCGGACCAACAGAGGGGGAUGAAGACCCUCGCAGCGCCGCAGAAGCAUUGACAGAGGUGGUGGUUCAUGACGAAAACCAUUCAUCCGGAAAAACCAUCCAACAAGGUUGAUGGACUAUUUUAUUGUCUGGUUAUAUUUUAUUGUCUGGUUAUAAAACUAAUCUAAGCCUUUCAAUGUCCCCCAAAAUACGCCGAUACAAUCUCCUCUUCAGGUGUCGUCCUUCAAUCAGAGGGUCGGCGGUUCGAUCCCCGGCUCCGCUAGUCUCAUGUCGAUGUGUCCUUGAGCAAGACAUUUAACCCUUACCACCAACCUACCUUACCUAACCACCUAAUUAAUAUAAAGUGCUCUUAUGUGUACUCUUAUAUUAUUUUUGGAGUAACAAACAUCAGAGAGUCAGGAUCUCCAAACUCACCCAGACUGGAAGGUCGGAGAGUCGGAGCCAAUUCAAACUGAUUUCAACAUUCACAUUCAUCACUUUAUAGAACCUCUUUCAAAGAGCAACGGGAUCCUCUAGAAACUCACGUCAUGAACACGUGGUCAACAUUGACAUCACGAGAUCGAGGCGGCUGCAGAUUUUAGAGCGAGGUGCCGAAGUUACUCUCCACUGUCUGCGUGACCCCAGUGCAUGAUGGGAAACGCCUGGCUGUUGCCUGAUCAAACAGCUGAUUGGCUCUUAGUUUUGACAACAAACUCCAUAUUUUGUUUAAAAAAUCCUAAUUUUCUGUGUAAUUGUAAUACUUAACACUAGAUUGUUGGCUACUAGUUUCAAACUAGUACCGCGUGCUCUCAAAGACACAAAUUAACUGAAUGGAAAUUUAAAUGGAAACGUUGUUACAGCAUUUUUUAACAACACAAACACUACGUAAAGUAAACAAAUAUGAAAAGGUAAUAAUAAAUUGGCUAAUUAGGGCUCGAUACAUUUUGGUCUCGUUUUUCCGACUUGAAUUUCCGUUCCAUUGCACUUUUCCGAGUACAAAGAGUUGCAGGAGUAGCUUCCACUUCUGGCUCCCCCUCAGAUGAACAGUCAGCACUUUCUCUGUAGUUUGCGAUGCUAGCGCUGUUGGCAUCGUUGGAUGCUCCCAAUCUCCUAACUUGUACCUUUUUAUAUUUAUGAUUCUUGACUUCGGUCUUGUUAUAUUUUAUUUCCUUUUUUUCUAUAUUUCCUGUCUCUUUGGUUGUUGUAUUGUAGUGUGAGGUUAAUCAU